UCCCUCCCUCCUUCCCGCACCCCGCGGGCGGCAGCAGGAGCUCAGGGUGCCCCGGCCCCCCGCGCCGCCGCCGCCGCCACCGGCGGCCCCAGCUCCCGGCCGCCCCGCCGAAGUUCCCCGCGGUGGCCGGGCCGGGGCGGCGGGAGCGGGUCUCCCUCCCCACCGCCCCCGGGGAGCGGCCCGCAGCGCUCCCCGCCCGCUCCGGGUCCCGCCGGCAGCCGCCGCUGCCGCCGCCGCCUUGCGGGCCGGGACAGCCGCCUCCCGCGGGAGCGCACAAAGCCGGAGCCGCCGCGCUGCCCGGGCGGCCGCCGCGCCAGCAGGAAUCCCUUGCAGCUCACCCUGGGAAUGGACAGCUACCUCUGUUUCUGGAGGAGAGUAGUGCCAGUUGGAGAAGCCUUCAAGGCAAGUCGACAAGUGUGCUGAUAACUCGUGGAAGAGUACAGGGAAGGGGUGACCUUCCAGGCCAACAGCCAUGCCUUUCGGGCUGAAACUGCGACGGACCAGACGCUACAACGUCUUGAGCAAGAACUGCUUUGUGACAAGGAUCCGUCUGCUGGACAGCAAUGUGAUCGAGUGCACCCUCUCCGUGGAGAGCACGGGGCAGGAGUGCUUGGAAGCUGUCGCUCAGAGGCUGGAAUUACGGGAGACACACUACUUUGGCCUUUGGUUUCUCAGCAAGAGCCAGCAAGCCCGCUGGGUUGAACUGGAAAAGCCUCUGAAGAAGCAGCUGGACAAAUUUGCCAAUGAGCCUUUGCUUUUCUUUGGGGUAAUGUUCUAUGUGCCCAGUGUUUCCCGACUGCAGCAGGAGGUAACAAGGUAUCAGUAUUACCUACAAGUGAAAAAGGAUGUUCUUGAUGGCCGAUUACUUUCUUCAUUGGAGCAGGGAAUUCGACUAGCUGGUUUGGCAGUGCAAGCGGAUUUUGGAGACUAUAAUCAGUUUGAAUCUCAUGACUUCCUCCGAGAAUAUGUCUUGUUUCCUAUGGAGUGGACCCAAGAUGAAGCUGUCUUGGAGGAGCUGACUCAAAAGGUUGCUCAGGAACACCGAACUCACAGUGGCAUUACAGCAGCAGAGGCUGAGCUAAUGUACAUCAAUGAAGUGGAACGCCUUGAUGGGUUUGGACAGGAAAUUUUCCCUGUGAAGGAUAAUCAUGGAAAUGACAUACACCUCGGUAUUUUCUUUAUGGGAAUCUUCAUAAAAAACAGAAUUGGAAGGACAACUGUGAUUUAUAGGUGGAAUGACAUUGGGAAUAUAGCACAUAACAAGUCUUCGAUUGUUCUAGAGUUGAUCAACAAAGAAGAGAACGUGCUCUUUCACACAGAUGAUCUUGAAAAUGCCAAAUAUAUUUCACGGCUGUUUGCAGCAAGACACAAGUUUUACAAACAGAACAAAAUCUGCACAGAACAAUCAAGUUCUCCUCCCCCUAUCCGACGACGGCCCACUUGGAGUAGGUCAUCCUUGCCAAGACAACAUCCAUUUAUACUGCCUCCUAUGCAUGUCCAGUGUGGAGAACACUACACUGAAACACAUAAUUCACAAGAUAGUAUUUUCCAUGGAAAUGAAGAAACUUUCUACUGUAGGUCUCAGACCAGUUUGGAUAGGUGUCCAGUGGACUUUAGCUACUUGAAUGGUAAUGGACCCAAUGGGAGUGUAUGCAGUGCCCACAGCAUGAACUCCCUCAAUCACUCACAGAACUUCAUCCAGGCAUCUCCAAUGUCCUCAAAUCUGAGCAUCCCUGGAAGUGACAUCAUGCGAGCAGAUUAUAUCCCCAGCCACAGACAUAGCGCAAUCAUAGUACCAUCUUACCGGCCAACUCCAGACUAUGAAACUGUCAUGAGGCAAAUGAAGAGAGGGGUGAUCCAGAUGGAUAGCCAAAGUCAGUCUUUGAGGAAUCUCAAUAUUGGAAACACACAUGCUUAUAACCAGCCGGAAGACCUAGUUUACAGUCAGCCUGAGAUUCGAGAGAGACAUCCUUACACGAUUGCAUACGGGCCCCAGGGUAGUGGCUAUAACAAGCCUGUCACUCCAUCUGACCAAAUGAACCCUAAUAAUGCUGCGCAAAAUAAGACAGCAGCCAGUGCCAUAUCCCACACUGUCAGUACACCAGAACUGGCUAACAUGCAGCUGCAGAGCAGCCAGAGUUACAACACCGCUCACAUGUUAAAGAACUAUCUCUUCAGACCCCCACCUCCGUACCCGCGCCCACGUCCUGCCACUAGCACGCCGGACCUGGCAAGCCACCGGCACAAGUAUGUCAGUGGGAGCAGUCCUGACCUGGUCACUCGCAAAGUCCAGCUGUCAGUAAAGACCUUCCAGGAGGACAGCUCGCCGGUCGUCCGUCAGUCGCUGCAGGAGGUCAGCGAGCCCCUCAUGGCAGUGAAGCAUCACGCAGCUGUGAACAAGCGCCAUAGUUUGGAGGUCAUCAGCAAUAUGGUCCGUGGUAUAGAAGCCAUGGCAUUAAAAACUUUAAACGCCCCUCUGCCGCGCAGGAACACUUUGCGGGAGCAAGUGCAGCCAGAAGAGUCAGUUCAGAUGGGGCACGAAGUUCAGCAAGUUCCUCAUUAUCAUCACAAAAAGACGUUCUCCGAUGCCACAAUGCUGAUACACAGCAGCGAAAGCGAAGAGGAAGAAGAAACCCCAGAAUCUGUGUCACGGAUAACAGCUCUCCACGAGAACAUGGAGUACAGUGCUCAGCUGCAAGCUGCCUUGGCUAGAAUACCAAAUAAACCUCCUCCAGAGUAUCCUGGGCCUCGGAAAAGUGUCAGCAAUGGAGCCCUGAGGCAGGACCAUGUUAGUAUUUCUGUGGCUGUAGCCAGGGCCAAGGCCAUGAGGCCAGGGCCCUCCAAAGCCAUUAGUGUCUCUCGAACUGAUCAAAUGGCAAUAAACGGGUCUUCGCUUGGGCCCUCUAUCUCAGAGCCUGACCUCACGAGUGUGAAGGAGCGGGUCAAGAAAGAACCUGUCAAGGAAAGGCCUGUCUCUGAAAUGUUUUCUAUUGAGGACAGCAUCGUAGAAAGAGAAAUCAUGAUCAGGAAUCUAGAAAAGCAGAAGAUGGCAGGCCUGGAGGCCCAGAAGAGGCCCUUGAUGUUGGCAGCACUGAACGGACUCUCAGUUGCUAGGGUUCCAGUGCCAGAGGACAGCCAGGAUGAAGCCGCCAAGGUGCCAAUGGAUGAGAGGUGCAAAAUCUUGAAGAGGAAGUUGGAAGAGGGGAUGGUGUUUACAGAAUACGAGCAGAUUCCAAAGAAAAAGGCAGAUGGGAUCUUCACCACUGCUGCCUUGCCUGAAAACACUGAGCGCAACCGCAUCAGGGAGGUAGUUCCGUAUGAGGAGAACCGAGUAGAGCUGGUGCCGACCAAAGAAAAUAAUACAGGCUACAUCAAUGCUUCACACAUAAAGGUUACUGUAGGUGGAGAGGAGUGGCACUACAUUGCUACCCAAGGGCCUCUGCCACACACGUGCCAUGACUUCUGGCAGAUGGUGUGGGAACAGGGGGUGAAUGUUAUAGCCAUGGUCACAGCUGAAGAGGAGGGAGGAAGAAGUAAAAGUCAUCGUUAUUGGCCUAAACUGGGCUCUAAGCACAGCUCAGCCACUUACGGGAAGUUCAAGGUGACAACUAAGUUCCGCACAGACUCUGGCUGCUAUGCAACUACUGGUCUGAAGGUCAAGCAUCUUCUCUCUGGACAAGAGAGGACAGUGUGGCAUUUGCAGUAUACUGACUGGCCAGACCAUGGGUGUCCAGAAGAAGUCCAAGGCUUUUUAUCUUACUUGGAGGAGAUACAGUCAGUGCGUCGCCAUACCAACAGUGUGUUGGACAGCAGCAACAACUGCAACCCUCCUAUCGUGGUUCACUGCAGCGCAGGGGUAGGAAGGACUGGAGUGGUUAUCCUAACAGAACUGAUGAUUGGGUGCUUGGAGCAUAAUGAAAAAGUGGAUGUUCCUGUGAUGCUGCGACACCUGCGGGAGCAGAGAAUGUUUAUGAUCCAGACCAUAGCCCAGUACAAGUUUGUCUACCAAGUGCUCAUCCAGUUCCUGCAAAACUCCAGACUUAUUUAACCUUUUCAAACAUCCCAGACUCAGCUUUGUGGAUCUGGCCGAACCUUACAGAUGAACAAGGGGAACUGUCUUGACAACACUGUGUGCAUAUAUUGCACUUUUUAAAGUUGUCUUGAAAGUAAGGAAUGAUUGUUCUUUACUAGAGUCUCCCAUGGAUUAUUUUAUACAAGAUAUAAUUUAUUUUUUCUUGAAAUAACUUGUGAAUUACUUUAAUAACUUGUAAAACUUAUAGUGACCUUCAAAUUGAACCACAUUUGACAUGACUGGUCUGCAUUGUAACAUGUCCAUAAGGAAAGCAAUCCUUUGUAAAGGUAGUUUACUGGCUUUUAUUUUGCUACACAGCUUCUGAAGUUGGCAGUGGGCUUUUUCUCACAUAACAACAUUUUGGACCCAGACGUGGUUUCCAUGGUAAAAACAAGACCUGCUAGAUGUCAGCUACAGCUCUGUACGAGUGGAAGCUGAGGGAACACAGUCCUGGAGCAGGGAGACCUGAGCCUCUGCACCUGCAGCAGGGCAUGUUACAGAGGGCUCAAACACAGGACGUUGUGAGGGCGGAGAGUUUUGGGUGCUAAACGGUUCAAAUUCCACAAGAAUUACAGCUUUAGAUUAGUCCUUGAAAAAAGCAAUAUUGGAUCUUUUAAAUGAGGCCUUUGCUACUGUCCGCCAUCCUUGAAGGGAUUCAUAAGAGUUGAAGCAGCGCAGGGUGAAGUGCAGUGACCCAGAGCAGGCCGAAGUCAGUGAAUGGGUCUUUCCGGUAACUGUGGUGGGUUGAACAGCAGAGGAAUUCCAACUAAAUGCAGCUGAAAAAAACUCAAAUCAAGCACCUUCUCAUGGAUUACACUGAAAGUUUUAUUGCCUUGAGGCUCACCUCCUGUAGAAAAGGAAUCUCAUUUAAGUUAGGCAUCUCCGGUUGCCUUAGUUUCACUGUGAACUAUUGUCUUCAGCACUGUAAUCAUUUUAUUUCUAGUCCUUUGAACUUUGUCAGAAUGAUCAAUAUGGUCUUUCCUCCAUUUCUGAGAUCUUCAAAUAGUGACCCUUGAGAGCUGUAGCUCAGAGUCUGCCUUGAUUCUUCCCCCAUCACUGUCUUACGGUUUACGAACAUACUGAGCAGUCUUCCUUUUGGUAUCGGCAAACCUCACUUUGUUAGGGUGUUUUUUGUAUUAAAUUGCACAGAUCAUCCCUCUUCUCUGUCUGGUCACUUUGGAUUUUGCCUCCUAUUUAUUAUUACUAUUUUAUCCUGGUAGUGUUCAGGGAUUCCAGUUAGGAUCGGGAGGAUGUUGUAUAAAUACGUAAAGGAGAAAUAGUCCUUGCUUGAAGUUUACAAUCAGAACAGAAAAGGGAAACAAACCUCCUCCACUGCAUAACUAGGGAAUUAGGGCACAGAUUCUUAACUGGCUCACCCUAGGCCAGCAAUGAAAUCUAUGACAGAGCUAAGAAAAAAAUCCACGUGUCCUCUAAGUAUCUCAGCAGUUAGACCUGUCCUCCUCUCUCUUCCUCAUCCUCUGUCCCUCAGCAUUGGCUAGCUCUUUUGCACAACUUUGUGCAUAUCCUGUUCUCCAAACUGUUUAUUUCACUGGAGUAAAUCGCGUUAUGAAUUACCUUACCGUGCACACACUGCAGCAUUUACUUAGAGUUAUUUAGAAGUGAUAGUAACUGCACUUUUUAAAAAAAAAAAAAAAAAAAAAAAGCUUUAGCAAGUUGUGGUGUGACUCCUGCACUGUUAUUUCUGGUGUAAGAGAUGGAAAGUUCCUGCACUGAGGUUGCUCCCCUCCUCACGCUGACUCCUCUUUCCCGUUUCCGCACACUGCCACCCUCCUGCGGGUAGUCCCACCUUGCUUCCACUCAGCAGUCCUGUCGGAUCGCUAGAGAAUGGAUCAGGCUGGAGAGGAGCCUUGGAGGUCUCUGGUCCCAGCCCUGCUCACCCCACGGUCACAUCCAGUUUCAGAAAUCUCCAAGGGUGGAGAUUUUGCAGCCUCUCGGGGCACGUGAUGCAACACAGUUACUCUGUCGUGGUGAAAUUAUCUUUCUUGGUAUCCCUUUCCCAGAUAAAUUUAAUCUUUUAGUCCCACCAUUCCUUUUCCGUUGCAUCCCCACUUCCGAACCCCUGGUCAAUGUACAAAGGCCGAAGCCUACAAGCACUCUCAACUUUAGCACUAAAGGGACCUACACACCUACCUUUCCCUAAAAUCAGUGGGAGCUUAAGCUAAGGCUCUGUACCAGAAUGUUUCUUAAAUGUAUUUAAAACCGUGCUGUGUUGAUUUGGUAAUCUGCAAUACAGGCCUAACGAGGUGAUGAGGAUUCUGGUGGAGACUUCUAGCUACCAACAAGUGGCGCGUUAUUUAGCUGUAAUAUCUUGACUAUGUUCCUUUUAGGGAUCAGUUGAGUUUUCAGUCAACUUCAGUUUUCCUCUAAUUUCUUCUGCCAAUGCCAACAUAUCUCUUGUUAAAUUAGCAGCAACCAUUUAAAGUCUUUUCAGCAGCAUCUGCAUGAUAAUUGCACAGAGAUGCUUUAUAUCUGGGAAACAAGCCAAGGAAUAAACCUUGAAGCAAAUUGUAUUAAAUUAGUUAUCUCGUUAUAACUUUUUGAAUAAUUUCCUAAUGAUGAAUUAAGUUUGAACUCAGAGCUGUCAAGUCCCAUUGCUCCACUUGGAUGUGAGAAGUAGAAACUCAGGAGGGAAAAGAAUCUCUUCCUAUGUCGUCUUAUUCAGCUUUUCUUGGCUGAAAUGUAUACUUCUGUUUCUACAGUGAGCACAGGAAAGUUAUUGCAUAAAAGAACAGAGAGCUGUGUUUGGAAGGAAGAAAAUUAAGCAAAUGUUCUUUAUGCAAAGAUGCAUCAUAGGUGUCUUAGAAAAAUAUUAAUUACAAAAUGGCACCAAAAAUCCUUUCCAAAUUAAGUCAGUGCCUAUUAAUGAGCCAAAUAAGUGGCCAUGUAGUAAACAGGCAUUUCCAAUUAACUCCUAAUGUGGCUGGUACGGUAGGUAGAGGCCACUGUGACUCACUUUUUCCCCUUUCAUUGUCAAAGAAUGGUAAUUUUAAACUUUUUCCUUUCAUCUGACUUCAAUGUAUUUUUUCCUGCUAGAUUUUAUCUUGACUAGAUCUGCUAAUAUCGUAAGUGAAGUGGGCUGGUGCAUGUCUUCAGAGGUUCCUUUCCACCCCAGCUUGCAACCAAACCUCAGCAUGCCGAUGUUUUAUGAUUGAAAUGUGAUACAGUUUUGUAGGGGAAAAACUGAACCUUCUGACUUGGAACCUGUUGUAGUUUUAUCAGACCAAAAUUGCUUGGGCAGUAUUUCCUAACCUUUAGGGAGUGACAGGAAAAUGCAUUUUGCAUCCAAUUUUAUUAGUCAUAGCAGAAAUGAACACAUGAGACUUAAAGCAACAGUACUGUUUAGUUUCUGUCCUGCAGACUUUAACAGCAGAGUCCAUAAGUAGAAAAGGAGGACAGUUUGGAGUUGCUGUAUGUUGUGUUGCAUGGGGUUUUUUUAACAUCAAAGCAUGACAGUGGGUAAGUUCUACGAGACAAGUUUCAUCCUUUUGGAGUAAAGUCUGGAUGGAAAAUCUCACAAAGAUGUAUCAAUGGUCAAUGAAUGGAGCUGCACCUUAAAGAGUUUGACACAAGCAGUCUUCUGCCAAGGCGCCCGUGUUGCAGUCUGGGACAUUUAGCCUAUGCUCCCUGACUCUUUCUAAGAGAGAACUUGGAGUGGAUGAGUAAGCCUGACUUGGGAAUCCAUUGUGUAGGUUUUCCUUUUUGUGCACUCUUCGUCUGUAUUUAACACCUUUUUUUUUUUUUUUUUUCCCUUCUUUAAACUCUUACCUCAAUGAUAGUAUUGAGGUUGCUGGCAUCAAAUUUUUGGUUAAAGUUACGGUCUGAGCAUUUCAUGCCUAACAUUGUCUGAUGAGGGAUGGGAGAGAUGACAGCUGAGUUCUGACACUGUUCAGUGCUGUGGGCAUCCUGUUUCUGUCCUCCACGGGCUGCACUUGGAAGAUGGUGGACAUCAGCUGCUCAGGUCCUACUUGUUUCAGCUCCUCCACAGGCCUGCUUUGGCACCUCUUGUCUCUGAUUACCUGAGGAAAGAUGAAGCUUGUUCCCACAAACUUUCUCCUAUAUAGGUAUAUAGGGACCCUAAAUGCUCAGCCUUACCGAAAUACCUUUUCCCUAACUAGUUUCAGCUGGCAGGAGACACAUCUGUGGGAACUUAUUCAACCUACUGCUAAUGCAAUCUUUUAUAAAAAGUAUAUUGAAGGACAUUUCUGUUCCACUUAUUUAAAUCAGUUGCCUCAGCUACAAAUAUUAUUAAAUAUUUACAUGAUUUCAAGAGCUUUUUUUUUUUAAAUUACUUUCUUUUAAACAGGCAGAAAUGCAAGUGGCAAAACAUAGGUUGGAAAAGAAUCAGUAAGUCUCAGUGCUUCAAUAGAGAUGGUCAUUUUAAGCAAAUACUUUAUUUUUUGAUCCAAUACCUGCUGUGUCUGUGUAGCCCACAAGCAACUCUAAAACAGAUGCUGAUGGGCAAUCUCAUACUUGGCUAUAGCACACAGACCUAUGGGGAAAAUUCAGCAGCUACUGACUGUGCUGCAUUCUUAACAGCUGACUUCCCACUGGUCUCCUGGGAGGAGAUGACAACUGAAUUAGCUGUUGUCAGUCUCGCUAACAGUUUGUCAGCUGUGUGCUCAGAAAGUGGAUGCAUCAGUAUGGCUGAUACCUCCUCCUGUAGCAGCUCUCAUGCAUCACUGAGAGAGGUCAGAGUUAAAUUUUGUUGCUUGUCUUUGUGGAAAAGAAUGCUUUACAGCCAGAGAGCUAGGGUGGCACCCACUGCAUGAACUAAAGGAUGCAUCAUAUUGAAGGAGCAAAUACCAGAACUAACCUUGAAAGGGAAGCACUGCAUGAAAACAUCAUUUGGCCACCUCUCUACAAAAAUGGAUAUAAAUCUGCUGAUGUAUAGUCCAAGUCAUAUGGAGUUUGGAGAUGGGUUUUAAAUGCCAACAAGAGAAAGGCUGCAAGUCCAAAAUCCCAAAGGCAAUUUUCUCCAGCUUGUUCUUAGCCUUCUAGAGAGGUUUUCUUGUAGAAUCUGGUGCUAUGGGAACUACAGAUGCCAUCUGAGUCUUUACAGAGGAGGAUGACAUUAUACAUGCAGCCGCAUGCAGCCUUGGCAUGCAGGGGCUGUGAUGUGAGGCAGGGAGCAGCUGGCUGCUUGGGUUGUUGGGCAAACAACAGAAGAUGGGGGUCUUAAGCAUAGAUAAACUAUUGUUAGAUUGUGAAACAAAACCUUUAGUGCACAGGUCAAAAAUAGCAGUGUUUUAUAUAAAUAUUUAAAGUAAAUAAAUUUUGUGAGUGUUUUUAGAGAACCUUUACUACACUUCUGUUGGUUCCUCUCAGCCAUUUUUUGGUUGGUGUUUCUUUGAAGUUUUGUUGCCUGUGCUUUAUGUGCACCCUCACUGAGAGCUUCCCACACGCUACAACAGCAGGACUUUGCCUUUGGAGGGUGAACUGGAAGUCAGCGGUAAAAUAGCACCUUUCACUGAAGAAUCCCAGUGCUAUUUAACAGCAAGGGAAAGACUAAUACUUCAGCUGAUCCCUGAAAUGAAUAUAGUGCUUAAUAUGUUUACUCUUCUAAAUCACCUGGGUAGGGACUCAGUGUUUUGGACACGCAGCUCCAGAUAUUUCAGGGGCAGUGUUCCCUGAUUAGGCAGGCAGGAACAGAAGAGGAAGGCUUCCUACAAACUAGUUCCAUGGCAGGUUGGAGGUCACACCCUGUCUUGGACAGGGGCUGGUAGUUGACACUUAAGGACGAAGUAUGAAUGCAUCUAGAAGAGGGUGCUCAGCCCCUCUAGCGCACCUGGCACCCAGUCCUUUAGGGCCUUCCUGAGGCAAAAGUUCUAUCCUGCUCACUGUGCUUAAUAACUACUGAUGGAUCCAUCUUCCAUGAAUCACAUUAUCUUUUCUUUAGAACCCAUUUAUUCCUCUGGCCUUUGCAAUGUCCAGUGUUGGUAAGUUCCACAACUUAAUUAUACAUUACAUCUAUAAGAACUUCCUUUUUGUGUAUGUUAAAUAAAAGUAUUUUCUUGCUGCUAGUUGGUCUUUAAAAGAAAACAAUUCUUCAGUGCCAGAAACACUGUUAAUAAGAUGUUUAUCCUGUUGCGAUUGCUCCAUAUGGAAAAUAUGUUUUCCUCAUUAGUAAAGUACCUUUCUUUGGCUAUUUUACAAAGGAAAAAAGUUUACACAUGCAGAUGACUGUAAUAUUCCCAUAUGUAAUUGUGUGGGACAGGUGUUAAAUGAAAUAACAUGUUUAAGUAAGUUUUAUGUCACUGGAUUUUACUGUCCUGUUUUACUUCAGUAUUUUGAUGCUUCCUGUUUUAUUUGCUCUGUAAUUCUGUACAUGACAGUUUAGCACAGAACAGUGAUCUGAAUCUCAUAACCUCAUUGUAUGUACACAUUUUGUAGAGAAAUGAGACAUCAGUUAUAUGCCCUUCCUGCCCCCCACUCCCUCCUGUUAGGGCUGAAUGGCAGAACUAUUCUAUGCUAUUGAAGGCCUUUAAAAAAAAUCUAUGCAUGCUAUUUUAUAUCCUAAUGUAUUAUUCAUAUCAGUUCAUAAGCUUAUGCUUGUCAGUUUUAUCUUGUGUAUAGAACUGAUUACUUUUGACAGUAUUUUUGCACUGUUUCUUUUCUUUCUCUUUAUAAAAAAUUCUAUUCAGCAUUAAUUGACAGCAAUAAUUUUUUACCCCUUUCACUGCCUUUGUGUAAAUAGUUUCUUAUAUGCUUUUGCAAAUAUGAGAAUGUCUUCAGUCACUAAGGUUUUUUUGGUAAGGCUGUCCUUCAUAUUCACACUAUACAAUAAACCAUUUUUUUUCAAGGAAAA